AUGAACAGUUUCAUUCAUUUUUCACGUCGUAACUUUGGCAGCGUAUUAAAAUGUUCCAACAGUGAUUGUGGUUUUAUCCAAAGGCGCAAUGCUCAUGAUAUCCUGAUAAGGGAAAGGACUGGGAAGCCAAUAAUAAAAUAUGGCCCCGGUGGUCGAUCUUCAGUAAGUGGUCACAUAGCUACAGUAUUUGGGUGUACUGGCUUUCUUGGACGAUAUCUGGUAGCUAAGCUUGCUAAACAAGGGACUCAAGUCAUUAUCCCUUUUCGAGAUGAAGAUGAAAAGAGACAUUUAAAAGUUAAUGGAGAUCUCGGUCAAGUUGUUCCAAUAGAAUUUGAUCUUCGAAACACGGAUGCGAUUGUAUCGGCUGUGAGACAUUCAGAUAUUGUGUAUAAUUUAAUAGGAAGAGAUUACGACACAAAGAAUUUUUCAUAUGAAGCGGUCCAUGCAGAGUAUCCAGCAAAAAUUGCAGAGAUAUCAGCGGAGCAAGGAGUAUCACGAUUUGUUCAUGUCUCGGCACUAAAUGCUGACGCAAGAUCCACGUCGAAAUUUUAUAGGUCAAAGGCCUUAGGCGAAAGGCUGGUGAGAAACGCUUUUCCUGAUGCAACGAUCGUUCGACCUGCUUAUCUAUUUGGGCCGGAGGAUCGAUUUUUGAAUAGGUUGGCAGCAACUGGUGGAUGGGAAUUAUUAAUAAGACAUAAUGAUGCAGUUGUACAUCCUGUGAACGUAAUUGACGUUGCGAAAGCUCUUGCAAUGAUGCAAACCUCCGAAUCAACAGCGGGAGAAACAUACGAGUUGUACGGUACAAAAGGGUACACGUUUACCGAAAUUUAUGAUUUCGUCGGCGAGGUUACAAAGAAAACGAACACUCGUGUAUACAUUCCCAAAUCAAUUGCACUCUUAUACGCGCGGCUUCAAAACAGCUUACUUCCAUGGGCUACGAUCUCUCCCGACGACAUUGAACGAAUGACAAUCUCUGAUAAAUUUUCAGAGGAUGCGAAAACUUUUGGAGAUUUAGAUAUUGAGCCGGUGUCUUUGGAGGCGGCUGCUAUUACGGUUCUUCGACGAUUCAGAUAUAAUGUCUAUUUUGAUGCACCACCUGAUGAAGUCGAGGCGGCGAAAGCUACGCUUAAGAAGCGUAAAGUUCCUUUUAUUCAUACAUAA